AUGGGCUGCACAUCGGCCAAACAGGUGUCUGCGGUUCCCAGUGGAGAGGAGGAGAACAGCAAAGCCCAUAGCAAUGGGGACCUCCUCUCUGAUGAGUACAAGAUGAAAGCAGAGGAAAAAGUAAAGUACAUCAAUGGAGAAGAAGGAGGAGGAGACAGCCAGGACAGCACGGAAAAGAGCUGUUUGCUUGGAGCUGGUCACCAGCUGGAUCAGACGGACCCAAAUGGAGACGGCAAAAUCCUAAGCAUCCACUCGUCUGAGAGUCAGCAGGAGUUUUUCAAGAUGUUGGAUGAAAAAAUAGCAAAGGGACGAGACUACUGCUCUGAAGAAGAUGAUCUGACGUAG